GUUACGCACGUAUUAACGCACAACUAAUUGUCACUUUACUGGUGGACAUUUUCCGCAUAAAAGUUCGAUAUUUAAAAACCCGUUUCGUGUCCUUGCCGUGUAAAAAUCGAAAGGUUUGGAAUCGGCACUUGUGACACGAACGGCGACGGGCAAUGUAUGUAACUGUGUUCGAAGAUAUAGUAAUUGGUUUUUGUUAUCCUCGAAUCGAAACACGAAACGACUGCGUACAAACAUUGAUCCUAAAGAUACCGUAGCAAUAUGUCAUUAGUAGACGAACAUAUGAGUGACGAAAGUGUCGGUGUGGCUUUGGAAGACACAGAGGUGGUGGAAUGUGAGCCUGAGCCAGAAAUUGAUGAUGAUAACAUUCAGUAUCACCUGUAUGCUGUCAAGGAAGGAAGUGAGAACACAGUGACGUAUAAAGUUAUGCAAGUUGGUGACACUCAUCGAGAAACCAAUGAGGUUGCGGUAGCUACUCCCGUGAAUAACACUGUACAGAUUUUGACUUCUCCGCUCAAUGGUCAAUUCUAUGUGCUCAGUAACAGCAAUGAAAUUGUAACAUCUGAAUCUACAAGAGUUUCACCUCGUGUAGCUAAACUGAAGAUAGAUAAUGGACAACAGAAUGCUGCUCCAGUUAUGAAAAAAAGAGACGACAGACGAAGAGUAACUCACAAUGAAGUGGAAAGGCGCAGAAGAGACAAAAUUAAUACUUGGAUUUCUCGACUGGGAAAACUUUUGGAAGAGUGCGAACAAGAUAUUAACAAAGAAGGAGAUGCAAAAUCCAGCUUUGAAUCACAAAGCAAAGGAGGCAUAUUAGCACGAGCUUGCGAGUACAUAACAGAGUUAAAAGAAACUCAGGAAAAGUUAACACAAGUCAUGGAUGAAAGAUCUCAAUUGACGGAAGAAGUGAAAGAACUGCGACAAAUCGUAAAUCAGUUGAGAGAUGAUAAUUCAAAGUUAAAAGCUGAGAUUUCGGAGAAAAGUACAUUUACAGUUGUCUAGUUUUAAUGAGAAAUUAACAGUAGACAAUAUCUGAAAUCUUUCUAUCGCUAUAUCACCACUUAUUUUGUUAGAUAGAAAUUAGAUAUAUAGAAUUUUUAUUAAUAAAUGAAGAAACAGAAAAUAUGAUGUAAUAGUUUAUAAAACGUUUAUUUACAUAUUUGUAACUCAGUCGCUUUCAAGCUCGGCGGCUGGAAAAAAAACAAUGACAAUCAUAUAAUAUAACGCGUUCUACUGUACACAUCGUAAACAAUAUAAUUAUAUGUAACGAUCAAUCGAGAUACACGAACAAUCGAUCUCGCGACGACAGUCCACAUCCGUUAGAAAAAAAAAAAAAAAAAAAUUUAAAUUAGAAA